UAUUGAUUGGGUUUAUUUGACAGCCGUGCGCUUCAGUCCCACUAUGGCGUCUCAUCAAAUCAGGAUGGGCUUUUUCUGCCGCCUUCUGUACUGGAAUUUAUCUGUCGCCGAUUGGUAUCUCACAUCUGGAUUUCUGUGCUGAAAGACAUCAAAUGUAGGCGAAAUGAAGGAAGAGAAAAGCACAGCGCGGUCGCUCCAGAGCGCCGACACGGAGCGGAGAAAUGCAGCCGAUGUGGAGGAUGGCCAGGCGGGCAGCGGAGCGCCGCUGAUCCCGCUGCUGCAUGAAGCACCGACAGUCCGAGCAGGAACGGGAAUACGCGUUUUAAAGCGUAACAUGAAGAGGAAUGGCAGUCGAGGGUGCGUGACCCGGAAGACGCGCUUCGGCUCUCGAGAGCGAGACUGGCUGAAGGGCGACGCUCAGCGGGGCUGUGUGUGUCUCUACGGGGCCUCGGAGCCUCAGCCUCCAGCCUCGGGCCCCCAGACCUCCACCAGCACCCAGCCGGACCUGAAGCUGGUGCUCUGCUCCACCAACACCACCGCCGAGGAGCUGUGUGCUCAGAGAGACGUGCAGGGUCUCUAUCUGCAGCUGCACGGAGACCUAAUCAGGAGGCUGGACCCCUCCGAGCGUCCUCUUCAGAUGCUCUACGACUACCUGACUGCCAUGGGCUACGAAGACCCACUCCGUGUCCAGCAGGAAGCCGCCAACUCCGACCUCAGCUGCAUGAUCCGCUUCUACAGUGAGAAACCGGUGAACGCAGACCAGCAGGAGCGGACUCUUCUGAAGGGCGUGUUCAGCGUCAGGAAGGGAAAGACGCAGCUCCAUAAAUGGGCCGAGCGGCAGGUCAUUCUGUGCGGGACGAGUCUCAUCGUUGCCUCUGUCAAGGACAGCCUGACCGGCAAAAUGCACAUCCUACCCCUGGUCGGUGGGAAGGUGGAGGAGGUGAAGCGGAGGCAGCACUAUCUGAUGUUCAGCUCCGCCGGACCGCAGGCUCAGACCUACUACGUUAACUUUGACACGCUGGCCGACUACCAGCGCUGGCACCGGCAGGCUUCUAAAGUGGUGUCUCAGACUAUCAGUCUGGUGGAUUUAUCCUGCUACAGUCUGGAGGAAGUGCCCGAGUAUCUCUUCUACUGCCAGGACAUCACACACCUCAACCUACGGCACAACUUCAUGAGUCUGGACGGCCCUGGAGGACUCGUCAACUUCAGCAGAUUUGCCCAGCUGAGGAGCUUGAAUCUUUCUCACAAUGGGCUGGGCGUCUUCCCGGAGUCUCUGUGUGAGAUCCAGACUCUGACGGAGCUCUAUCUGUCCUGCAACGGCCUCAGUGCCGUCCCGGCCCGCCUGGAAAACCUCCAGAGUUUACAGACACUGUGUUUGGAUGGAAAUCGGCUGGAUUCUCUUCCGGAGGAGCUGGGCAAGCUCUCGCAGCUCUGCAGCUUGGGACUGUCCUUCAAUGACUUCCCUCUCAUACCCGGUGUGGUGGAGCGCCUCUGUGCCCUGGACAAGCUGGCGAUGGCGGGGAACAGGGUGGAGACUCUGGAUCUGUUCAGCCUGCUACGAAUGACUCACAUUAAGAGUAUUGAUUUACGGUUAAAUGGCCUCCGCUGUGUUAAAAGUGAAACUCUGGAGCCGGUAAAACAUCUCACCCAGCUGGACCUGAGAGACAACCAGCUGACGUCUCUGGACCUGAGCUCGGCCUGCAGUCUGGAGACCCUGCAGUGUCAGAGGAACCAGCUGGGAGCCCUGACGCUCAGCGGCUUCACCCUGCGCACACUCCACGCCAGAGACAACCGUCUGACCACAGUCAACAUCUACCCUGUUCCCAACCAACUCACACACAUGGACCUAUCAAGGAAUCUCCUGGAAUACCUGCCAGACUGGGUCUGUGACAGCAGGAAGAUUGAGGUGCUGGACGUCUCCCAUAAUCUGCUGUCUGAGCUCCCGGCCAGACUUCUCAGCAGUCUGAGUCUGCGUAAACUGCUGUCUGGUAACAACAGGCUGGAGAGCCUGGCUGACCUGCUCGACCACAUCCCACUGGAAACACUCGACCUGCAGCACAACAAGUUGCGGGAACUUCCAGAGAGCUUCUUCUACAAAGCCUUAAAUUUAAAGUAUUUGAAUGUGUCUGCCAAUGCGCUGGAGACGAUCCCGCCGAGCAGCCAAUCAGAGGAGAGCCUCAGCACCCUGCAGGAGCUCUAUCUCACAGGAAACAAGCUGAAUGAGAACUGCGCUGCUCUGCUGGUGGGGCACCAGAACCUGCGGGUCUUGCAUAUGGCUUAUAACCAACUGCAGUCCUUCCCUGCUAGCAAGCUCAGUAAGCUGGAGGUCCUGGAGGAACUGAAUCUGAGUGGGAACAAGCUGAAAACGAUCCCCUCCACCGUGUCCAGCUGCAAGAGACUGCACACGCUCAUCGCCCACUCCAACCAUAUCAGCGUGUUCCCCGAGGUCCUCAGCCUCCCCGAGAUCAAGCUAGUAGAUGUGAGCUGUAAUGAGCUGACAGAAAUCCUGUUGCCGGAAUCUCUGCCUUCAACCCUACAAGAGCUGGAUCUGUCCGGCAACAGCAGCCUCAUGUUAGAGCACAAAACACUCAACCUCUUCAGUCACAUCAGCACUUUGAAGCUGGACCAGAAGCCAGCCGUGACCGCAGGAGACGCACAGGGCACGUCCACCCUGUGGGAUCAUGGCUACGCUGAGAUGUGUGGGCAAAGAAACAAGUUGUGUGUGUCUGUGUUGGCUGUGGAUCGCUUCGGAGACAGUCCAGAGGCUGCUUAUGGGAUUUUUGAUGGUGAUCGUAAUGAGGAAGUGUCCAGGUUACUGCAGUGCACCAUGGGAGAUGUAUUAGCAGAGGAGAUCCAGCACUCCAGUGUGGACAGUGUAUACAUGAGCAACACUUUCCUUACCUCUCAUAGGAAACUUGGCAUGGCAGGCCAGAAGCUCGGUGCCUCUGCUCUGCUCUGUUACAUCCAUCACGAGUCCUCCGAGCCUGGCCGAUACUUCAGCCUCACUGUGGCCAACGUAGGUACCUGCCAGGCUGUACUGUGUCGUGAUGGGCAACCUCUUGCCCUCUCAAAGGUUUUCAGCCUAGAACAGAGCGCUGAGGAGAUGGAGCGCGUCAAACUGGCAAAAGCUAUUAUCACUGAGGAUAACAAGGUGAGUGGGGUGACAUGCUGCUCACGGUUACUUGGCUGUUCCUACCUGUUUCCUUGGGUGCUUCCCAAACCCUGGGUGCACACAGAGCCUCUGUGUUCCCAGGAUGAGUUCCUGAUCCUAGGAAACAAAGCACUCUUCCAGAAGGUUUCCUAUCAGGAGGCAGUGAGCACUGUGCUGGCUGUCAGAGACCCCCGUGCUGCUGCCAAAAAGCUCUGCACUCUGGCACAAAGCUAUGGGUGCCGGGAUAACGUGGGAGCAGUGGUGGUAGCUUUGCAUAUUGGAGAAGACAGCUGUACGUGUGAGCCUCCUCUCUCGACCACAGAAGCCCGAGGACCACCUUUACCGAUCUCCGUGUCCCCUUGCGACCCAGCCACGCCGUCAUCUAGCAGUGGCAUCGCCUCGGAGUUCAACAGUGAGAUGUCCGCUUCGGAAGUGGGCAGCGAGGCUGGGUCCACAGCUUCGGACGAGCACCCCUCUUUGGGACCAAUGGCUCGUCCGGAGCGCCGCUGCAGUUUGCAUCCCACUGCUACCUUGUGCAACACAGGGCCAGUGGUGAGCUUGGGGCCAGGGGUGUACCCGGCUCUAUUCCAGCGGCAGCCUUCCAGCGCAACCUUUUCAAGCAACCAGUCAGACAACGGACUGGACAGCGACGACGAGGCUCCUUUAGAAGGCGUCAUCUCAAACGGGAGUAAGCUUGAGGUGGAAGUGGACAUCCAUUGCUGUGCUUUUCAACUGCGCUCCGGACCACCGGAAAGUCCCAAGGACCUGGAUGGCCGGCAUGAUUCAAGGGGCUCGGAUUAUCCCAACAGCAAAAUGCGGCGGCAAAACAGUGUGGUGGUUUCUGCCACCAACGGCUGCCUGCUGGCCGUAUGCGGCCGAGAGAUCUCGGAUCUGAAGAAGUCUCCUUCAACCUCUAGUCUCUUUGGGAAGAAGCUGUCUAAUGGCUCUGUAGUGGCUCUCGAGGACAGCCACAAUAUUAUUGAGGUAGCACUGGAGGCCCCAAAAAAGAAGUCGGGAUAUUUCGCCGCACCAGCCCAGCAAGACCCGGAAGACCAGUUAAUUAUUCCACCCAGUCUGGAGCAAGAUGUGCGGGAGCAGCUUAGAGGCCAGAGCCCUGUGGUUCCCGGGCCGCCGUCCUCAGCGAGAGACCCCAACUGGGACCAUCCCCAGCCCACCGUCCCUGGUCUGCACCCAACCACGGUCCUGCAACAGGACGUCUACGACACCGCUCUAUAGUUGGUGCAAGAGGACCGCACCAUUGGAGCAUCUCCGCAUCAUAGUGCCACAUCAAAGAGGCUAGCACGCUCGAGAUAAUCCAGUUCUUAUUUAGCGCCUUCAUCACGUGUGGGUCCCUGCAUGUGCAUUCUUGUGCUGAUCCGAGUCAAGAACGAAUGGGUGGAAAUGUCAGAACUGAAGAAAUCUUGAAGAUUGUGGAAAUACAUGGGCUAUUCCUGACCAAAUACCACGGCAUGGAGCUGGAGUACCUCAUACAUCACUAUGCGCGAGUUCAUUUCGACAUUCGCCCUUAAUAUCAAAGGUCACAGGCUUACGUAGGCUUCAUUGAUCACAUUUGCCUUCUGGAGGAAAGAUACUAUCAAGCUAAACAGAGACCAAAAGAUGAGAAAAGUGCCUCUUGAAGAUGGUUGAGGCUCAGAGAGCCUUUACUGUUCUGGUGUAAAUGCAGUGUUGUUCUCCUACCUUCCCAUAGUGGCGACUAGUCGGUAAUCUGCACUUUUGAAGUCUGUGAGGAAUAUUUCGGACGGAUCUCUUCGCCAUCUGAUCUGCUGGAAACAUCCCGCUCCAUUUCAUGGAAAGGAGUAGUGGUUGUUGUGGAAACGUGUUGUUGCGUUCUCCACCGCUCCUGAUCUUCUCUCUUGUAUGCAUACAGGAUCUCCCGGACAAAGCCACAGGGGUCUCUGGGACCCUCUGCACAAUAGAAGAGUACAAUGAUCCCAACAUAACAUUCAAACUCUGGAGAGGGAAUCAGUCAAGUGAUGGAGGUCAGAGUGAGAUGAAGACAGAAACUACAUCCCAUGCUCAGUGGAAGCAUCGCCACACCUUUAAGGUCAUUUGGGGAGCAGGAAGAUCUCAAAACCUUGUCUGAAAUCAUAACUUGAGCUGUCUCGGGUUGUUUAGAGUACUUGAAGUUUCGAGUGUGCCAUGACUACGUGACAGAGCCCAUGCUACACAGCCUUGGGCCGUGAAUACGUCAUCGGGUCUUUGUAGUAGUGCGGUUUUGCUGUUGAUCUGAGUGAGGUUGGGAUAUUUUCUCAUUAUCUCAUAAUCAAGGGAAAAAAUGAUCAGCCAACAUUUAGAUUUAUUUUUUAUUUUAUUUUUUGUAUGAGAGGUACUGGGUAUAUGAUAUAUGUAUUGUGCAGUGUGUGUGUGUAUGUAUGCUCUAUUUUAGCCACGCAUGGUACGUAUAAGGAAACAGGCCGGUUUGAGUUUUUUAUUUGAAUCAGGAGACUAUAUUGGGUCAUUUGAGUUUGUCAUUGCCACAAUCACAGUAUCAGGGAGUUCUGAGCAGUAAAACACUGUGCUCAUGGUUUGAGGAGACAUCUAGUGGUGUUUAUUGGAAACAACAAUGUUGUUGAGUUUUCCCUGGAAUGAAGUUCUUUUUACACAACUCGCUAUUAAAUUUCAAACUUUUUUUUUUUAAAUAAAAUAAAUAAAGAAUUAGAGAAUUAAAAUUAGGGACAAUCAAGUGCAAAGCCCAUUGUUAAUUGUUAGAUACUCAAUUUAAAUUAUAUUAUUAAAAGCCCCUUUUUCUUUCUUUUGCCAAUUGUAGGGCAUCGGUUGUAUUAACUUUGUUGUAUUAAUAUUUAUUAGGUGCACUCUCAUAAUUCAUUAGAUUCAAUUCAUAGUCUUUAGAAAGGAAGCAACAGUUCACAUUUACACUGAUGCACUUCAAAUAUAGAAAUUGAAUCUCAUAGACGCCUCAACAUUGGCAUGUUUAAAAAAUAUCAGUAUUUGAAUUUGAAACUGAGCUUAAGCCUGUUGCAUGCUCAGAUAUUACAUUUAAGCCAUUUCACCUCAAGAUUAGUUUUGUGAAUUAUAACCUUUAUAAGUGGACAUUUUGAGUCUUUUUUUUUUUUUUUUUAUGAUAUUCUCCAUGGUCAGAUGGCAAUGUUCGUUGUGCCAAACUUGCAUACAGAUUUGUGUUUGCUAUGUAGGAGAAAAAGCUGCCAUGUAACUAAUCUGGAUCCCCGUAUUUAACAUCCAGGAAGGUUUUAAAUUGAACUUUUACUGCCAUUAACUUCAAGCAUUAGUGUUAGUUAUAAUUGCCUACAGACCUGAUACUGUAGCUCUUGUGCCAAAAGAUAAGUAGUAGUGCUACUUGAAGGCAAGGUAGGUUAUUUUGAGUAUUUUGUUCGUCCCUCGGGUGCUACUGAGAGCUGAAGCCAGUGGCAUGGAUGCAGCAGCCCUGCAUGACUCAUUGUUUUUAUGGGUUUUUUUCUUUCUAUCAUGGCCUUAAAGCAGGUUUUCCACAGUCUUUAGUGUUUAUAGUCCAAUUCUCUUUUUUGCACUCAAAAAUGUGAAGUACAAUUUUCUAGAAAUUGAUCUCUAGAUUCCCUAAACCAUUUAGAGCUGUAUGCUUAAGUGCAUCAAGUAUUGUUGUACAAUCUUAUAAAGUAAAAGGGUUUUACACUGUAUAAGCACUUUGUACAUAGCUCAGAGAAUCUAUAUCCAUAGACAUAUUUAGGAAUUGCAUUUUAGCUUUUGUUGAAAUGCAUUUAAAAUCAUCAGUAGGCUUUGAUCUGUGGCCUCUUUUACCCCUGAAAAAUGUUAUUUCUUAUGUUUGGUUGAAAGGCGAGAUGUGGUUAUUGAGGCACAACAUGCUGAUUCAUACUGUGCUAAGAGGCAGAGUACAAGCAUUUGAUGGCUUGCUUUGUUUGCAAGAUGUAAUCCAAGUCUGUUAUUAGCUAUAGAAGCGUUCAUCCCUCGCAG